AAUCCAUUUGCAAUCCCCCCAUUAUUCAACAUAUUCAACAUCAACAAAAACAAUUACAAGAUUAUAACACUUUCACUAAUCCUAUUACUAAUCCUGUUUCUUUCGUUCCUUUACAUCAACAGCAACAAGUCGGAGUACAGCUCGCUUAUUUUCCUCAAUUUCCUCUUCAACAGCAAUUUCAAUCCGAGUACAUAUAUAAUCCGACUGCCUACCCUUCUCCACCUUUAGACGAUUCUAUCUGUUUUCCUUCAACUAGAAUGGCUUCUAACGAUUCCGGUGACCAUCAUAACAGAUCAAUUAUUUCUGAUAAUUCUCAAAUGAAUCGCAGCGCAAUCGAACCUAGUUCCUCUACAUCUGAGACUCCUGGUGCUGCUCCUUAUUCUUUCGGUUCGUAUUCAUCAAUAAAGAAGAAAUCUUAUUAUGCCUCUGUGUUGAACCCUCCAUUUUUCACAGACUCAUCAAUGAAGUUGCCAUCCGGAUCUAAUACGACCCAACAAAUUGACUACUAUGGGCAACCGCCUGCGAAUUAUAGUGGAAUGCCACCAACUUUUGGUAACACAAUGCCACCUACUUCCCAUGACUAUUCAGCAUCAAUAACUCCUAUGCAAAACCAAAACGGAAACGUUACACGCACUACGCCACCUCAAUUCCAUCAAAACCGACCUCCACCAGUCCCUGCUCCCCAAACAAUGAUGACCACUUUUAGUUCAAAGACGGUUUCCUCUACUCCGAAGAGAUACAAAUGUAAUAUUUGUCAAAAAAGAUUCACUCGUCCAAGUUCCUUGCAAACUCAUACUUAUAGUCACACGGGUGAGAAAC